AUGAAAACUGUAAAACUGAAAAUAUGUAUUCCUAUACUUUUGAAGCUGAUAUUUUUGAUUGAAAAUUCGAAUGGAGCCCAAUACGUCGGAACCUCUGCAUCUCAACCAAACCGUACUGACGUCGUCUGGAUGGUCCCAUCCUGGCCAUGCGUUGAUAACGAUUCCAUUGAUGUUCAAAAGUUUGGAAUCCUACAGAAUGAAGAUCAAGAAUUUGUCGGCGGUCAGGAAUUCGCAAUCUUCUAUGAGCAUAGUUUUGGAAAAGUUCCCUAUUUCAAGGCCCAGAAUGUCAGCGAUCCACAGAAUGGAGGACUUCCGCAGCUCGGAGAUCUUCAAGCUCAUCUGGAACAGGCUGAAAUAGACAUCAAGACCACAAUUCCAGAUGAGAAUUUUUCUGGAAUCGCCGUUCUGGAUAUCGAGGAAUUUCGACCGACGUGGGAGCUGAGUUGGGGUGUUUUUCAGGUCUACAAAACCGAAUCGAUUCGUCUAACGCGUCAACAAUAUCCAUAUUGGUCUGAGAAACAAAUCGAAUGGUAUGCAGAAAAAGAUUACGAGAAAGCUUGUCAGAAAUUUUUCAUCGAAACGAUUCGAUUGGGAAAACGAUUGAGACCGAAUGCCAAAUGGGGAUAUUAUCUAUUCCCAAAGUGUAACGGAGAUGUUGGUCAGAAACAGGAAAACGAAUGCUCAACGUUGUUCCAGAAAUUCAAUGAUAAUCUCAUUUGGCUCUGGGCUGAAAGCACCGCUCUUUUCCCAUCAAUCUACCUCUACCCAACACAUAAACAAGCUCCGGAUUUCAAUUUUAUCAAUUCCGGGGCGCUAAUCACUGAAACAAAACGGAUAAAAAGGAAUUAUUGCCCGGGUUGUGAGAUUCAUGUUUUCACAAAAAUCGAGUACAAUCCAUACAACACGCCGGAUGAGUUUUAUUCAAAGCAAAACCUUGCCAGCACAAUUGAUCUUGCCAUAAAAAUGAAUGUGAACAGUGUGGUCAUCUGGAGCACUUCACAAUCAAUGAGAAGUCGUUGUGGACUUCUUCAGACCUAUUUGGAUAACACAUUGGGUCCUUAUCUUCAAUUAACGGAUCGAAAUAUGGAAAAAUGUCGACAGGAGAGAUGUGAGGGACGCGGAGAGUGCUAUUUGCCAAGACCGAAGACGAACCCUGCCCUCUACAACUUUGCUUGUCGUUGUGAACGUCCAUAUUUCGGAAAAAGCUGUGAAUAUCGAGGACGUCGGAUCGGAUAUUCAAAGUCUCGCCCAAAGCCUUCUCAAACAAGAAUUCCAGAUGUUUCUGCCUAUUUUCGACCAGCUGCUCCUUCGUUUUCUUCAAUUUCUGAAUCCAAUCGAUACAAUGCACCAAAUCAGUAUUACAACAAAGGAUCGAAUGUUGGAAAUGGACAGAAAAUUGAAUUGAUAAAAUAA